UUCACGGUGUCAAGUGUUCAGUGUGACCACCACCUGCGGCACAGACAACAUCAAGCAGAUAUGACUUUUAAUUUGUUAAAAUUACUUAAUUGUUAAAAAGACUUUUAAUUCUUAUUAAAUUAUUACUUACUUUUUAUAUAUUAAUUUAAGGAAUUAUUAAAUUUAAUUAAUUAAUUAUUUAGUAUAUUUCAUUAAUUUUAAAAUGAAUAAAUGUGAGACGAUAUUGGCACAUUCUUUUUCAAUCACCCUGUAUGAUAUCUUUUACACUAGUUAUAAUCAAUUUUAAGUAUCAGGUGAAUUUACUAUAUCUCUGCAUUGAUGACAAGCAAAGACGUUUUAAAUUUGGUUCAAAAUAAAGCAAAAUAUAGCUACUGAAAAGUAUACUUCUCGAAUGGCCCCGGCGCAAGAUGGCCGGCGAGUGAUGACUUUCAUCCCUAUUAGCUCACAGCGCCCAUUACAAAUCUCGCCUUAUAAACAAGCUAUCUAUGUUGCUUACAUUCACGUUGCAUCAGAAGACGGCCUGUCGUUCAGCAUUCAUGACUGUCGUAAAAUGACGUAAAAGAAAAACGGACAUACGACUCGUCAAAAUACUAAGUUAAAAUAUCUUUAUAAUAUACCCCCCACUUAACUUGUCCAUAGCUAGAGUAUAAGGGUUUUUUUUUUCUUCUGUCACGUUUUUUUCUAAGGAGAAAGAGUUUUUUGAGUGCGGGCAUCAGAAGAGCGCCGACAGCCGCUCAAUAUUUCCUACGAUAUAGAUUAAAUGUCACACAAACCCAAGCAGACAAGCAUAAAUAUAACAUGCAUCGUGUAGAAUUACAAUUUUUUAAAAAAAAAAGAUUUGAAAAAAAUUAAUUAUAAUAAAAUAAAAAAGAACAAGAUUACAUUAGCUUUCGUAACUUAAAGUACAUACUGCAUUAUUCUAUAUUUAUCAUUUCACCUGAAGCAUCUGUGUGUGCGUUUGCGACAUCUGGUAGUGGAUAUCAAAACCAGUCUUGAAAAACUUUUGGAUCUGUUUAUACAUUAUUGAUGAAGUAUUCUAGAUUUUAGGGUGCCCAGAAUGCUGAUAAAAUAAUGUCAUUAUAUAGUUUAUUUAGGUACGAAUGGCUGAUUUCUCACGGUUUUUGGUGGCAAGGAGGUAAAUAACAGAUUUGUACAGCACACGGAAAGAUCGGAUGGUGGUGAAGUGACACAUGCAGCAGUUGAACAGGUGGUUUACAGAUCUGGUGCCGACUGGUAACUUGUUCGCUGGCUAAAUCUCACCGCAGUAAAUCCCUUGAGCUGCGAGGUGAGAGAUGGCUUGACGGAUCUCUACCGGAACUUUCAGGAAAUAUAAACAGGUGGACGAGCCCACGCAAUGCCCUGUGGACCGCCGUCAGACAGAACCAUGGAUGACAACAAACUCAAUGACUCCAACGUUAAAGUCGCUGUUCGUGUGCGACCAAUGAACAGGAGAGAAAAAGACCUCUCAACAAAAUGUGUGAUAGAAAUGGAAGGAAAUCAGACAAUAUUACAUCCUGCCAUUGCAAGUUUGAGCAAAGGAGAUCCCCGUAAUCAGCCAAAGGUUUUUGCUUAUGAUCACUGUUUCUGGUCCAUGGAUGAAACCCAGAAAGACAAGUUUGCAGGUCAAGAAGUAGUGUUUCAGUGCCUUGGGGAGAGUUUGCUGGACAAUGCCUUCAUGGGUUACAAUGCCUGCAUCUUUGCUUAUGGGCAAACAGGUUCAGGGAAGUCUUACACCAUGAUGGGCUCAGCAGAGCAGCCUGGUCUGAUCCCUCGCCUCUGCAGCUCCCUGUUUUCCAGGACCGUGAAGGAGGUUCGAGAGGGAGAGAGCUUCACUGUUGAAGUCUCCUACAUGGAGAUUUACAACGAGAAGGUUCGAGACUUGCUCGACCCUAAGGGAAUCCGGCAAGCCUUGCGGGUGAGGGAGCACAAUGUUUUGGGGCCUUAUGUUGAUGGGCUGUCACGCCUGGCUGUGGCUAGCUACAAGGACAUUGAAUCUCUGAUGUCAGAAGGAAACAAAUCUCGUACAGUGGCUGCCACAAACAUGAAUGAAGAGAGCAGCCGAUCUCAUGCUGUGUUUAACAUAAUCUUAACUCACACUCUCAUGGACCUAAAGUCAGGGACGAAAGGAGAGAAGGUGAGCAAGCUCAGUCUGGUGGACUUGGCAGGAAGUGAGCGUGCAGCUAAGACCGGGGCAGCUGGUGAGAGACUGAAAGAAGGCAGCAACAUCAACAAAUCUCUCAGCACGUUGGGCUUGGUUAUCUCGGCCUUGGCUGACCAAGGUGCAGGCAAGAACAAGAGCAAAUUUGUUCCCUACAGGGACUCAGUGCUGACCUGGCUGCUCAAGGACAGUUUGGGAGGUAACAGCCUGACAGCAAUGGUGGCCACCAUCAGCCCGGCAGCAGACAAUUAUGACGAGACUCUGUCCACCCUGCGUUACGCCGACCGGGCCAAAAGCAUUGUCAACCAUGCUGUGGUUAACGAAGAUCCCAAUGCCAGGAUUAUCAGAGAGCUGCGAGAGGAAGUAGAGAAACUGAGGGAGCAGCUCACAGAAGCCGAGUCAAUGAAGGCACCUGAGUUAAAGGAACGCCUGGAGGAGUCAGAGAAACUUAUCCAAGAGAUGACUGUGACUUGGGAGGAGAAACUCAGGAAGACCGAAUCUAUUGCACAGGAGCGUCAGAGGCAGCUGGAGAGUUUGGGUAUUUCCCUGCAGUCAUCUGGUAUCAGAGUAGUGGAUGAUAAGUGCUUCCUGGUCAACUUGAACGCUGACCCUGCCCUCAAUGAGCUGCUUGUAUACUACCUAAAGGAGCACACACGUGUAGGCUCAUCUAAAACACAAGACAUCCAAUUGUGUGGGAUGGCGAUCCAAGCCGAACACUGCAUUAUUGAUAUCACACAAAACGACGGGGUAGUUCUCACACCUCACCGAAAUGCAAGGACAUGGGUGAAUGGAACUGCAGUCACCAGUCCAGUGCACCUUCAUCACGGGGACCGGAUCUUAUGGGGAAACAACCACUUCUUUAGGAUUAACCUACCCAAGCAUUUAGUCCAUACAGGAGAUGAGGAGGAAGAGGGCAGAGCUAAAAAGAAAUCCUGCAUAAAUACGAAUCAGUUGGAGGUCGACACGGAUGCAUCAAGCGAUGUUUCGAGUGAAGUAGGCUUCGAGUUUGCUCAGGCCGAAGUCAUGAUGAAAGGGAUGGCCAACAAUGACCCCUUGCAGUCAGUGUUACAGACCCUCGAGAGGCAGCACGAGGAGGAGAAACGUUGCGCCCUGGAGCGCCAGAGACAAAUGUACGAGCAAGAGCUGCAACAGCUUCGCCAGCGGCUCAACCCGGAGAGGUCUCCGAAUCUCCUUGACUUGUCAGGCUUACCAUCUAGUGCUUCCGCCACUGGAACAUCACCAGGCUCUCACAAACGUUUGCGACGCUGGAGCGAAGACAGAGAGGCUAUGAUUACUCGAAGUCUUCGACGUCUGAAAGAGCAGAUUGUUCGCGCCAACCUGUUGGCUCAGGAGGCCUGCUUCAUUGCAGAGGAACUCAACAAAAGGACCGAUUACCUGGUCACUUUGCAAAUACCAGCUGCUAAUCUGGAUGCCAAUAGGAAGCGCGACGUGGUGCUGAGCGAGCCAGCCAUUCAGGUUCGUCGUAAAGGAAGAGGUAAGCAGAUAUGGGCAAUGGAGAAGAUGGAGAACAGGCUGGUGGACAUGAGGGAUCUCUACCAAGAAUGGAAAGACUUUGAUGAAGACAACCCGGUGAUGCGGUCUUAUUUCAAACGGGCUGACCCAUUUUUUGAUGAGCAGGAGAACCACAGUCUGAUUGGGGUGGCCAAUGUUUUUCUGGCUUGUCUGUUUUAUGAUGUAAAACUACAAUACGCAGUUCCCAUCAUCAACCAGAAGGGAGAGGUGGCAGGACGGCUUCAUGUUGAGGUGUGGCGAGGAACAGAAAGCUCAGAGGAAGAAAGCCCACAACAAAGUAACUCAGAUGGAGAUGCACAGGAGCGUGAACUCAACUGUGUGGUGAAAAUCCUCCAGGCGACCGGUCUUCCUCGUCAUCUGUCUAACUUCGUCUUCUGCCAGUAUCAUUUUUGUGGGCAGACAGAACCAAUAUUCAUCCCUCCAGAGAUGUCUCGGUCCCAGUCACCAUCUGCUUCCAAAGACCCACAGUGUACAGUUGUUUUUGACAGCUCCAAGGAGUUGUCUGUACCAGUGUCAGAGGAUUUUCUGGAGUAUUUGUCUGAGGGUGCGGUGGCUAUUGAAGUGUAUGGUCACAAACAGGACAAUCAUCGGAGAAACCUGGCACUGUGGGACCUUGGUGUAAUUCAGGCCAAAACCCGCUCACUCAGAGAGAGGUGGAGCGAAGUGACUCGGCGGGUUGAGCUGUGGGUGCAGCUAAUGGAACUAAAUGACGCAGGGCAGUUCACACCCGUAGAAGUUCUUCCUGCUAAGGACGUACGCACUGGUGGAAUAUUUCAGCUCAGGCAGGGUCAGUCUCGUAGAAUCCAAGUGGAGUUGCGUUCUGUGCCAGACUCUGGCACAAUGCCACUCAUCUCCAUUUCCAUCCUCUCUGUGUCCAUUGGAGAUGUCAAGGUGCAAAAUACACCCAAAGGCAAUGACUCACACUUGGCUAAAGAUGAAGAAAUGGACAGCUACCAAGAAGUGGAUUUGGAGAGAAUGAGAGAACAGUGGUUGGCCACGCUCACUCAGAGACAGGAGUAUCUGGACCAGCAGUUGCAGAAAAUAGUCUCCAAAGCAGAUAAAUCAGAGGAUGAUUUGGAGAGGGAGUCCCAGCUGCUGGAGUGCCGUCUAACACUCACUGAAGAACGCAAUGCUGUUUUGGUGCCUUCAGCUGGCAGUGGGAUUCCUGGAGCACCAGUAGAAAGAGUACCUGUACCUGGAAUGGAAACGCACAUUCCCGUCCUAUUUCUGGAUCUCAGUGCUGAUGAUUUCCAGUCAAACCUCUCAGCCCCUCUAGCAGGCGGUGUGGAUGCAUAUCUUGGUGGGGAGUAUGAAGACGACUUCUUUGACCUUCACAUUGUGAAACACCACAAUUCAGAAGUGAAGGUUGAGGCAUCCUGGGACUCAACAGUACAUGAGUGUCCCGAGCUCAGCCGUGUGGCCACUAGUGAGCAGAGGGUCUAUUUGACCAUCCGUGUUGUGGUUGAGUUGAGCCACCCCGCCCACAUGCAGUUGGUCCUGAGGAAACGCAUCUGUGUUAAUGUCACUGGUAAAAAGGGUUUUGCCCAGAGUCUUCUGAAGAAGAUGUCCCAGCGAAGCACCAUCCCAGGAUGUGGCGUCACCUUUGAAAUUGUCUCAAACAUACCGGGAGAUUUCCACGGGCCAGAAGACCGAGAGAUGCUGGCCAGAUUGGCCGCCAGCACGGAUGAUGAUCAGUCAGGCAACAGUGAAGCAGCUAUAGAGAAAUACCUGCGCAGUGUACUUGCUGUGGAGAACAUCCUCACUCUCGACAGGCUGCGGCAGGAGGUAACUGUGAGGGAACAACUUGGCGUCAUGGGGAAAGCUCCCAAACGCUCCCUCAGCUCACCGAACGUCAACCGGGGCUGGGAGAGUCACCAUGAUCUGUCUAUUGCUGCUCCUCCUCAGUCCAGGAGAACAUUACCCAGCUCUAUAUCAUACAGCCUGAACCCUGAAUCAGUGAAGGCCAUGCCACACCUCCUGAUGUCGCUGAUUUCUGGAGGCAAAGACGAUAGUGCAGACCAGGGGACUGUCCAUCAGCAGGAUGUGCCUCGUAUCAUGGUACAGUCAGCCAGUGUUGAAGAAGGAAUGAACACACACCAACAAGUUCCUAUUGAGGACAUCAGCCCUCUUGACGUUCAUCAGGAGGUCUCCAGAUCAGUGCCUCUCCCUCCACCAAUCAUCCCAGAGACCGAAGACUCCAACCAGAGCUCAAUGAGCGAGGCGUCAAGUGGUUACAUUUCAACGAGCGUCUCCACGGCGACGCUUUCAGAUGUCUACACCUUGAGCUGGGAUCUUCCUUUAUCAUCGGGCCACAAAGCCAAUGACUUUUCAGCUGCAAUAGAUGAAAAAGAAAUUCAAGAGAGACCAAAAAUGCCCUCGCAGUCUGAUAAAGCUUCCGGAUCAGAACCUCAGGAGUUUUUCCAGCCUGUUCCGGAGGACAUCUACCUUCCACCGUCCGAACCAAAUGACAGUCAGUCUGAUUCAAAUCAGAGUCACCAGGAACUGAACCCACCUCUUGUAGUACACAAAGUUGAAAACACUUCUCCGUGUGUAGAGUCCAACAUUCCGAUAAUCCCAGUGCAUUUAGAGCGUGAUUCAAUCGAACCAGAACAAUUAGACAGUACAACGCCUGAAGAUCCUGCUUCUGUCUCAACCUUAAUAUAUUCUGACUUGCCUCCAAACUCACAGAAUGAUUCUAAUCCACUAGUUCUUUCCCAGGAACAACCUCCUUUAAAGAACUCCAGUGGUUCUGCCAUCCCAGCUUCAUCUACUGAUGAAGUCUGCCGUGAAGCAGCGCUUGACGCUUCUGCUGAACCCAAUGUGUCAACUUUCAAAUCUCCUGCAGCAGCAGGCAACCCUUUCAAGAUCCAGAAAGUCCAGUCAUCAGACCUUAAGUCCUUCCAUCGUAUACUUGGUGAGACAGAGGACAAUCCUGGUCAGUCUGGAACUGGCAGCUCGUCAAAUUUGGAUCCCAAUUUCACGGAGCCCCUGGAGCUUAUCUUGGACUGUGAGGAAGGAGAGACAACUGCUGCUGUCAAGCUUCCUGACUGGAUGAAAGAAGGGGAAUUUGUCACUGUAGGGACCAAUAAAAGAGGCACCGUGCGCUACAUCGGACCCACGGACUUUGCGGAGGGCAUGUGGGUGGGAGUCGAACUUGACGUCCCUGCAGGUAAAAAUGAUGGCUCCGUUGGGGGGAAGCACUACUUCCACUGUAAUCCCGGUUACGGAGUCCUAGUUCGGCCGGACCGGGUGAGCCGCGGUGGCAAACGCCGUCGACAGCAGCAGAAACGCCGCAGCGCUAAUUUGUCAGGAUCCUCCUCGAACCUAGCUGCUCUAACGGCUCCAGCCAAAGGUGAUGGGUCUAGUGGAUCAUCAUCUACAAGUAAUGUAGAUGACCAUAAAAGUUCUUGACAGGAGUGUCAUUGUGCAAUUUUGGGUAGGCACAAUCUUCUUAUGUCAGACUUAUGAUGUAGAAAUGACUUACAAUGUUCAUGGUGUUUGUAAAUAUGGGGAUGUAACCCAUUUCUCGCAUAGGAUUUUAAUUCAAUGCUUGAUGUGUUGUUGUUACAAUCUAUUUUAACAUUGUUAAGAACACAUGCACACUACGUUUUUUGUUUUGAUACUUGCCAAGGAAUGUAAGAUUUUCACUUUUACUGUAUUUUUAAAAUCUUAUGGUGGUUUUACCAUGCUUUACUGCUCCAGAUUUUUUUUAAAAUACACAUUUAAGCAUUAUUAUUUUUGGAUAUUGAUAUUUUGUGCCUUGGCUUUUGUUUAAGUCACCACAUGAACUUUGAGGUUUUUAUCUUGAGAAACUGCAUGAUUUAACCAAAACAACUAAUAAACGUUUUCUCUCAA